UAACAAAAAAAUUUACGCCAAAAGCCUCAAAUUAAACCCUCGCUACCUAACCCUACCACUCGCUAACAAAGUCAAACACGGUGCCCACUGCCCAUCGAUCAUCGGCCAACGCCCACCGUCGACUGCCCACCGCCGACGGCGCCAACGCCCACCGCCAACUGCCCAUCGCCGACUGCCCAUCAGCGACUCCCCAUCGCCGACUCCCCUGCUGUCUACUCCGCAGUUUCAAGUCGAGAAUCAAAACUAUUGUCCGGGAAUCACAUUAUUACAAUCAAGAUUCUUCAAGCUCUUCUUCGAUUGAUAAGGUUUGAACAAUUACAAAUUUUUCAUUUGUUCUUUAUUUGCCGGCUAAACCGCCUGUGGGUACCGGCACUUGUAUUUUCUCCGGCUAAACCGCCUGUGGGUACCGGAGGUUUAUGAAAAUUUGUGUGAUUGUUUAUUUGUAUCUCUUUAUUUGCCGGCUAAACCGCCUGUGGGUACCGGCACUUGUGUUUUCUCCGGCUAAACCGCCUGUGGGUACCGGAGGUUUAUGAAAAUAUGCAUGAUUGAGCAUACCGGGGGAUCUAGAUCAGCUAUUGAGCAUUAUCACAAGUUGCGAGAUGAGCUUCAAAAGGAGCCUAAUAUGUUUGAGUGCUUCGAGCAAAUCCACAAAAAGAAGAAUGGAAUGUUCGUUGAUUCAAGGUCAAAGAGAAUCGCUGACGAAAUACAAGCACGACAUGCAGCUGCAACGCAAGAAGCUGAAGGGUCAACUGAGCCACCAAGUAUAAACAUGUCACAGCUUUAUGUGGAUGUUGUUGGCGGGGUAAAAAAACAGCGUAUUUAUGGCUUAGGGACUAAGGCAUCCUCAUUUAUCAGCGAGAAUAAUUGUGGUUCGUCUGCUACUUCACAACUUCGUCAAGAUGCAAUGAAGGAGAUGGUAAAUCAACAGAUAGAGACUAUGCGAGCUGAGAUGGAGGCUAAAAUGCAGGCUCAGAUUGCAAGUUUGAUGGAUGAGUUGCGUCCCAAUGGAAUGUUAUCCACGUCUAUGCCAUCACCUCCAACUACUCAAGUUGAACAUUCUGCUAAUUCAAAUGAUGAAAACUUAGGAGAUGAUUAUCUUUAUGUUUAUUAAUAUAUUUGGUACUGUUGUUAUUCUUAAUGAUUAGAUUAACAUUAUACCGCUUUUUACUUUUGUUAUUGUUAUUUUGUAUGAAUGUUUUCAUAUAAUAUUUUACAAUUA